AUGGGCUGGCUCCCUUGGUCUUCCGGCGACUCCAGCAAAGCCUCUGACGGCGGCCGCAUUGCCCCAGAUCGGACGAGUCGCGCUCGUUGCUGGGAGGGCCGCGACGCCUUCUUCGCCUGCUUGGAUCGAAAUGACAUUCUCGACGGCAUCAAAGAUGACAAGGCCGCACGACAGAAGUGCGCAAAGGAGGUUGCGGAGUUCGAGGCAGCUUGCUCGAAAACUUGGGUCAAAUAUUUCAAAGAAAAGCGGGUGAUGGAAUAUAACCGGGACAUGACCAUUGAGCGCAUUAAGAAGGAGGACGCUGCCACGGUACAGGAACUGAAGUCCCAAGGCUGGAAAGCUAAAUAG